AUGGCCUCUCCCGCGGAAGCUGCCAACAUGCUGCUCAUCGCGAGUCUCGGAAGCUCAUUCGCAGCUGGUCCUGACAUCCCUCCACAAAUCGAGCCCAAGUCCGCAAUGAGAUCAGGCCGGAAUUAUCCCAAUCUUCUAGCAAUCCACCUAGACGCUAUUUUGACCGAUCGGACUGUCUCUGGCGCAACAUUGCUCAAUAUAACGACCGAGGAGCAGCAGACCUUUGGCGACACCUUCCCAACGCAGCUCUCUGGAUUGCCCGACUACACAAAUAUUGUCACCUUGACUGCCGGGGGAAACGACUUGAAUUACAUCGGCGGCAUCAUAUCAGAAGCCUGCGGCGCGGAGAUAGAUCCUUCGCCCCUGACCCCUAGUCAAUUGGAGGAACGUCUCGGUGAAGUUCUUGACGAGAUCCACAAACGCGCUCCUCGUGCUCACGUUUUCCUUGUUGAGUAUCUUGCUGUCCUCGGACCCGACACGAAACCGGAGCGCGAUAUCCCAUUGACACAAGAGAGAAUUGACUAUCACCGCAAUGUUGCAUCAAUUCUACAAAAUGCCUAUGUCGUUGCGGCGAAAGCCAGGUCCCCUUGGUGCGAGAGAGUUCCGAUUCAUGAGUUGAGUCAAGGACAUGCGCUCGGCAGCAAAGAACCAUGGGUUGGAUCAUUGACAAGUGGGCCACUUCUCCAUCCGAACGCUACCGGAAUGAAAGUGAUAGCGGACAUUCUAAUCGACAGGACCGAGAAGAUCCUUUCGUCCAAAACAUCAUUGUAA